CCUCGUGAGUCAAACUUGCCAAAACCCUGUGGUGUUUCUGGAACUCACAUCUCUGGGUUUGUGAGUGAAACAAUGGAAGAGAACGAGGCGGAGGCAUCAGCAACAAACCCAAAGACGACGCAAGAGCUAGCAGUACAAGGUCAGAAGCAUCUAGAAGAGACGAUUCAGUCAGCUUUCCAGAUCCUCUCCUCCAUGAACGACGAGCUCUGCAACCCGUUACUCUGGCCCACCGAUUCCUCCGCCGUCGGAAACGGACAUUCUUCUCUCUCAAACGGCGUCGUUCAUAGCGAUUCGUCAUCUUCUGAGAACACCAACACCCAAAAUCACGGAGACUCUAGCGGUGCUGGCGGAGCCCUUGAGGAGGCUCGGUUUCGGUACAAGAACUCCGUGACGGCUCUCCGGGCUGUUCUGGCUGCCAUUCCUGAUUCUCACAAGGAAGCAUCUGAAACUGGUUCGCCUGCAGACGAAACUGAAGUUGAGAAGUUGGAACGGCGAGCCUCCAAUUUGAGAAAGGAGCUUGUGAAGAAAAAUGCAUAUAUCAAGGUUCUUAUAGAUCAGCUAUGUGAUCUUAUCACGGACAUAUCAACCUGGCAAAGUCCUUGUUCCGUCUGACUUCAAAAGCAUGGUGUGUCUUAUAAUGAUGCUUUCUAGGGAGUUUGAGAAUCUGUGAAGCUUCAAUACUUCAUAUGAGGUGAUUAAGCUUCAUAUAGGGGAAAAUUUCUGAGAUAUAACAUGAGAUACAGUAGUGGAGGUUUGUUAGUCCUGAUAACUUGGAUAUUAAGAUUCAGUUUAGCUUGAUUCUCCUUCUAUUAGAUGACAGUUUAGCUUGAUAACUUGUCAUGUAUUAGAUGUAUGAUGUAUCAUGUAUCAUGUACGAAACCAGCCAUAAUGUUUAACCCUUCAUGGAAAUUGGUCUAGUUUUGCAUCAAGGCUCAUUGCCUUUGGGAACAAAAGAAAGAGGACUGGCACUAGCUUGCUGUAUGGAAAAGAGGCCACUAAUUUUCAAGCUGUAAAUUUUGAUUGCUUUGUUUUGUUUUCGUUGCAAUCAAUUGCCUUGUGUUGCUCUUAAAACUCUUUAUCUCCGGUAAGUGGACGCUGUGGACCCAAACUAACCAACCCUUUCAAGCAAGGGAUAAAGUAGUAGUGCAACACGUUGGUGCUUUUGUAUGGUGUAAGAGACCAUAGGAGUACAGGACAUAAAUCAGUUCUACACACUAGAUCAGAGAGAAAGAGAAAAUAAACGAGCAAAAACUCUAAACCAAUCUGAAUCUGAUG